AUGGCCACGCAUACGCAUAGUAAUACAGAACACGAUGACGAUGAUGAUGAAGAUGAUGAGGAGUCGCAGAUUUGUUGGAGUGACGUGAUCUUCCUGCCUUUCAACCCAGUCUUCAAGAUGUUUGUGCUGGUCAGCGUGAUAGCCAAGAGUAUUUUGGGUCCAGUUCGGUCGGUCUACUCCAUUACUCACUGUUCCCCAAUAAUGGAUCAAUACAUUUACCUGACUUUUGUUAAGUACUUUUACUGGUACUUCUGCGAUAUAAUAUACUUUGCUGAUACAUUCUUUCAUAUUGUGCACAGGCAAGUAACGGACAAGGCUAUGAGAAGGGAGCACCUACCUAAAUCUGCUUUUCUGUUGUUACUCGAUGUGAUCGCUUUGGUACCGUUUUAUACUCUGUCAACUUACGACCUUUGCCCACCAGUUCAGCUGUGGCCAAACAUAUUGGCCUUCUCUGAAUUUAUUGUCAUAUACCGAGUAGUGGAACAUUUCUCCGUGGUUUCAACCCAUUCGAUAAUAAAGUUGACGAUUGGAUUCACAGUAUUUAUAAUGAUAUGCGUCAACUGCGUGGGGUGUUUUCUUGUGUUACUAACGGUGCACGGUCUUUGUGCCAAUUGUAGAAACAAAAUUUACGACUGGAGAAAAUAUGUGGUUCACAAGAUGAACGAAACCGACGAAGGAUUUACAACGUAUGUGUAUGGAACAUCAUUUGUUAUGGGAUUUGUUGUUAAUUGCUUAUUUGACGAAACUAAACCUUCUACUAUUUUGGAAUUCUGCUUAGUAAGCAGUUUUAUGAUCAUCAGCUACGUUGUAGACAUUUUUGUGGUAAUGCCGAAGAUGUUCGCAGAAUCCAUUUUGAAUUUGCGAAGAAUAUGCACAUUUCAACCAACCGUGAAAAAAAUUACAGAAGAAACCAAAAGGCGAAACCCUUCACCUGUAGCUUAUCAAAAUGUGAGCAGUUUCUAUAGUCUAAUGUGGAGGAAAAGAAGAGGGAUCACCAGCAUUCCUGAAAUCAUUGGCGAAUUACCUAGAUACUUGCGGCUUGAUAUCAGGCAAGAUUUAGUUUGGCCUGUGUUUUAUCAUAGCCCCACACUAAGAAAAACGUCCACACCCUUCAAAAGAUGGCUUUGUGAAUGUAUUAGCCUGGACUAUAAGCUACCUGGGGAAAAAUUCUUUGCUGGACCUCAUUGCCACACCAACCUGUACUAUUUAAAAUCUGGUAUUGUAGAACUGGUAUCAGCUGACGAUGGUGUGACACCUUUGCUUUCUUUGAGCGACGGCACAAUUUUUGGAGAUGUCAGUUUCUUGGUACCACCUCUGAAAAGGAAUUUAGUUGUGCGUUGCGUAACGUAUUGCGAAGUUUUCAUGGUAUCUCGAUAUGAUUUAUUAAAAGCUUUGCAGAAAUUCCCAGCAGACCGAAAGAAUAUUUUAGAAUCGGUCAAAGAUAGAAUAAAACAUGCACGCACGCUUUAUACCUGUAAACAACACGUGAGGGGACUUGAUAGAGCGGAAGACGAGGGUAUAGCGUGGAUUAAGAGGCGCUGGUGGGAAAUAUCAGAUACAGUUGCCAGUUGGAAGAAGAAAACCGGAGGUAGAUGCGAACUGCCCCCAGAAGAAGCCGUAUACCAUUGUGCUAAAUACAUCGGACAACUUGUUUUAUGUAGCGAAAUACAGCUACACAAAAAGAGUUUAUUUAAUAACACGAAUUUCCCUUGGAUAUUAACACCUAACUCCACUUUUGUUCGAGUCUGGAAGAACAUUGUUAUGUUCACGGUGUUUCUUGCACUGAUCAUGUACCCACCAAAUAUCACGCGGAAGAAAGUUCUAAAAUCGUUUAUGUUUGUAAAGUGCUGGGUUGACUUUGUUUAUAUUGCAGAUAUUGGCAUUUCCCUUCUGACUUCGACCAAGAGAGACAACUUGUCUGAUAAUUUCGCUGCUGUUAUGUUCACUCGAUGCAAAAGUGCCCGAUUCGUUAUGGAUAUUUUUGCCACUGUGUGGAUUGAAGUUUUGGCGAUUUUGGCUGGUAAGCCAGAAUACUAUUACAUAUUCCAAUUCAAUCGCCUUCUCAAAGUAUACAUAUUGUUCGCCAGUGACUACGUAAAUGAGUGGAGCUUAGACAGAGAAUUGCUUCUUAACGUUUGCUACAAAGUUAUAUUGACGAAUUUUUGUUAUUUCUACAUUAUUGCGUACGUUAUAUACGUCGCGGAUAGAUACAUGCCAGAAAUGACAACAUCUUAUUUCUUUGGUGAAAAGUAUUGCAAUGAAGGAAACCAAACGGUGAAAUGCGACCUUGAAAGUCAGUUUUUGGGAGUAGCUAUCGGGUAUGCUUAUGAACUAUUAUUUUUUGAAUUUCCUCCGUUAUCUUUGACUGACAUUUACUUUGGUGCCGUGAUAAAUUACAUCGGAUUUAUAAUAUACAUGAUAACAAAAGCCAGGUUCAUUGCUUAUUUGUAUCUGAAGUUCAGAGAGGUUACGAACUAUCAAUGGUUUGUGACGAAUUUGAAGUCAUAUUACAAUCACCACAAAAUUCAUCAUGCUCUUAUGAAACGUCUGGAUAGAUAUUUGGUGUGUCAAUGGAAAUAUUACCAUGGGGCUGACGUUAUGCAUCCUCAUAUAAUGAAGAAUGAACCAUUUGACAUCUACUGGAAGGUGCAUGGUGAGGUGGCUGAACGGAUUAUAAGCAACUCCCAAGCGUUUGCAGGAGCAGACCCGUUGUUGGUGAGGGAGUUAGCUUAUGCUGCAAAAUAUUUGAUUAUGCCCAAAAACGCUACUUUGUUCCUUUUUGGGGUGCAAUGUAGAAAUGUCACUUGGAUUGUGCAAGGUCAUAUAAAAUGCGAGUAUCACAAUGAAAAAGGCGAACUGCUAAGAUCAUAUUACGAACCUGGUAAAAUGGUUUCUGUGAGCGCAGUUUUGUUACGUAAACCUUCUUUAAGGACUUACGCCUCUUGUACAGAAUGCGAGUUGAUAUACAUUCUGAUACAAGAUUUCUUCAAUAUUAUCAAACGAUAUCCGAACGAGUGGAGCUACUUUCAGAAUUGCAUUAAAGAAUUUGGGCCCUUAUUUGAAGAAAUGUUCGAAGCGUAUGUGAAAAAGCAUAGAGACUAUCAAAAGAAACUUCGCAAAAGAAUAUUUCUUGCUAGAGCGUCGUCGCUACCAAACACGGAUAGACGAAAAUCUGUUGUUGAAAGUGAUGAGUGGACGCCUUUGACGGCUUUUGAUUUUGACAGCUGGCUGGAUCCCGAUUCUGACUGGAUGUAUUACUGGAUGAUGUUCCGAGCUUUUAUAGUCAUAGUGUCAAUUGCAAGUACUUCGUUACAAGGUGGCAGUGGAGCGCCAUAUAGAAGACAAUUAAUGAUCACAAGUGCAUUUUGCGACGCCAUUGCUUUUGUUGAUAUUGUAUUGAAGAUGUUUGUAUCUUACUACAACGAAAAAGGGAUUCUCAUAUACGACACUCGCAUGUGUAUUCGACAUUACUUGACCAGGGGCUUUUUUCUGGACGUGGUCGGUGCAGUUCCCUGGUCAGAGUUCUUUAAGAUCAUCCUCACGUAUGAAAUAACCGAAACCCAGGCCAUGUUCAUGAAUACAUUCUGCAAGUUCGCACAUCUGUAUAUUUUGAUGGAGUUCUUCAACCAUAUAGCUGAUCUGCCGUCUUUGAAUACCGUGUAUAUUUUGAUAAUAAAGUGGCAGUUGAUGAUAGCUCUGGUGAUGCUAGGUGGGAGCCACUACCUCAUGAACCAUUGCAUCGACUUCACAUUUGACGACCAAGGCAACCUUAUGUCUAUGAAACGCAUCAACGAAUGCUGGCUGCCGUCUUACAUGGUGCUGGAUGAAAAUCCUACAGUGGACCAGCUGCACAUGCUGUUCGCUCAGAGUCUGAACCUGGCACAGAGCGCUCUCAUGAGGAUGAACCUCGGCAAGUUCCAUAUAGACCGGAGCAAUCUCGGCGUUGGUCUCGUACUGGUAACCCUUGGCAUUGUCUUUUGGUACGUCAUGUGCUACUCGUUAACCCUUCUGAUACUGGCAGCGCGGGGGAACAAACUCUACCAACACGGUAUCAGUCAGUUGCAGAAGUUCUUGAGUGCUGAACGGGUUGAUCAGAAGCUUAUUGAUAAUGCUGUUGCUCAUUUUGGAUAUUACUGGAUAAGAAAUAAAGGUAUAAAUAUACACCAUCUGAUGAAUGAACGCAUCGGUCAUGUAGUGUUCAGGCAAGACUUGAGCUACUAUUUAUUUAAAAAAACCUUCAAAGCCUUAGACACGUUACUCCGUGGAGGUGAACCCCUGGAAAGGCAGCUGUCCAGCGCUGGCCUGCAAACGUACCUGCGACCAGGCGAGGAGAUUAUGAGGGAGAUGGAUCUGCUGCCUUACGUCUUUGUGGUGCAUAGAGGAAAGGUCACCAUCAGUAAGGAUGGGAAGACGUUGGCUGAACUGACUAAAGGCUGUAUAUUCGGUCAGCUGGACGGUACGGAACCGCGUCCGGUUCGGGUGUCGGCGGUUGCCAACGGGUAUGCUGAUGUCUUGCAGAUGACUAUCGGCCAGUUCCAAGAUACUAUCACUGAUCAGAUAAGAAUAAACAUAGCUCGAAACCGGCAAUCAAAAUACGACUUUAUGGCAGUCAAAAAACAAGUUCACGAGAAUCCUCACAACACCAUAGAGUACAUAUUGCGAGGACGCAAAACGAUAAAGUUACCAUUCAUGAAAGAGCCGGUAGAAGCUCGCGGCAGGAACUGGUACACAAGAUGGCUGUUCCUUGCGUGGAUGAUAGCUCCCUUUGUCUCGGCUGUUCUGGUUUUCCUGCUCAGCUUUGUGCCUGAGGAUAUACGACGGGACAUCUACUGGAGUCUCUCAGCGAUUGAUAUAUUGCACCUCGCUCAUAUUAUUUCAGAGUUCUUUACGUACUCAGUUGAUUACAGACCGCGGAAUCUGAGUCUCUACAACAUGAACUGCAAAAUUUUUGCUCAACAGAUAGCGUUUUUUAAAAUAGUUAUUAAUAUUUCCCGAGAAUUACAGGUAGAGCUAGUGGUAGUCGGCGAUGCUCUCGUCAAGAGGCGUCUAGCACAUCGGUUACUACUCUACUGGGGGUUCUACGUCGAUGCCAUAUCUCUGAUCGUGCCCAUGGUAACCCUGGCCAACGGCAACUGGGCCUACCAACUUGCCAGGCUGCUGAGACUUCGGCUGCUGUAUGAGUUUCAUGUCCAUUUCUGCACCAGUUUUAAGAGUAAAGUGACUCCGAUUCUAAUGAAGUUCAUUAUUGUGAUUCUCUUGAUCCACGCCAUGGUCUGCGGCUGGAUUUACGUGGCUUGUCGUAGAGGUCCUGGUGAGCCAUUCCCGGUGCCGAUUUUGGAGCUGCCCCCUUCUUACAAUGCGAGCAUAGACCGCGAUGAAUGGAUAUCAGUGAAACAAAGACAUGACGGAUGUUCACGGAUGUCGAUGUACUUCAAAGUGAACAAUGCGUAUAAGAUAUCGUUUGUCGUGCCCCGCCGAUGGCAGCACGACUAUGUGGUGGCCUUCAUGUAUGUCACUCUACUGCAAACUCACACGGUUUUGGAUACGGUGGUGGUUCUAACAAUAAAGGAGACAUACUACAAGGUGUUCAUUAACUCCUUUAUUCUCCUUAUGGAUCUAUGGCUCGUAAGCCUGGCCAUAACCGCCGUUUACACGAAGUUUCGAGAACUGUACCAGUAUGACUAUGGCGUGAACAAUUUGAGCACUUACCUCCAUCAUAGUGGUCUGUCUCCAACCCUGUUGAGGAACAUUCAAGAGUAUACCAGACAACUGUGGGAAAGGCAAAGAGGUAACUGGCUCCCCGAGUUAGCUCAUCAAGCGCCCCAGUGCCUCCGCGAAGACUUGCUCAGCGCCUUGUACAUGCAUCACCUGAAGAUGCCCUCUCUCUUCAAGAACAUGCCUCAUUACUUCUCACGGCAACUGGUCGCCAGGUUCCAGAGGGUCGUUUUAUUCCCUGGUAAAUGUAUGGUUCAAGAGGGCGAUAUUUUUCCGUGUAUGUAUUUUAUACACGAAGGAGAAGUAGAGAAGUGGUACACUGAUUCAAACGGAGAGAAGAAAUUUAUGUCACUGCUGAGCACCAAUGGAUACUUCGGACUGAUUCCCGGAAUGUUCCCGAACGUUCCCUACCAGUUCAGCUACUACACGAGAACUGUAGUGGAUCUGGUCUUCCUGCGACUCAACACCUGGCAAGACCUGUUAGAAGCGUACCCUGAAGUAAGACACGAACUGUACGCUAAAGCUAAGCAGCUAAAGAAGGAACUUAUGAAGAGUAAAAACGUUUAA